CGAUCCAGUUUAAGCUCAAAAGACAACCUUUAAGUUUUAACCAGGCAAUUCUACAUCUCUUGAUCCGUCUGCAAUAACAGCUCAAUAGUGAGUAUCAAUCCUAACACAACAACACUAAACCUCGGAGAUUGUUUCUGCCCUCUCUACUCUGUUUCUCUAGCACUCCAUCUUUUCCAAUUAUUUAGCAAGAAAUGGGGGUGUAUUUGAGCUCCCCUAAAACUGACAAGGCUUCACAAGAUGGUGAAAAUGAUAAACUUCGAUAUGGCUUGUCCUCCAUGCAAGGCUGGCGUACAACCAUGGAAGAUGCCCAUGCAGCUUAUCCAGAUUUGGACAGUUCAACAUCUUUCUUCGGUGUUUAUGAUGGCCAUGGAGGCCAAGCAGUGGCUAAGUUCUGUGCUAAAUAUCUUCACGAACAAGUGCUCAAACAUGAAAGUUAUCUGUCUGGUGAUUUAGGCACUUCUUUACAGAAAGCUUUUCUCAGAAUGGAUGAGAUGAUGCGUGGGCAGAGGGGAUGGAGAGAACUAUCUAGAUUGGGUGAUAACAUGGAAAAGGUUUCUGGUAUGAUAGAAGGAUUGAUAUGGUCACCUAGAAGUGGUCAAGUCAAUGGCCAUUUUGAUGAUUGGCUUGAUGAGGAGGGGCCUCAUUCUGGCUUUGAUGGACCGAAUUGUGGAAGCACUGCAUGCGUUGCAAUUAUUCGAAACAACCAACUUGUUGUUGCAAAUGCUGGUGAUUCUCGUUGUGUUAUAUCCAGGAAGGGUCAGGCAUAUGACAUGUCUAAAGAUCACAAGCCCGGUCUUGAGGUUGAGAGAGAAAGGAUUCGUAAUGCCGGUGGUUUUAUAGUAGUUGGACGUGUUAAUGGAACUUUAAACUUGUCUAGGGCAAUCGGAGACACAGAGUUCAAGCAGAACAAAAAACUGCCCGCUGAGCAGCAAAUUGUUACUGCCAAUCCAGACAUAAAGACUGUUGAUCUCUGUGACGAUGAUGAGUUUCUUGUUCUUGCUUGUGACGGAAUUUGGGAUUGCAUGUCAAGUCAACAGCUAGUGGACUAUGUGCAUGAACAGUUAAACACUGAAACCAAGCUUUCAGUGAUAUGCGAGAGAGUUUUCAACAGGUGUUUGGCACCCAAUACCAAUGGUGGUGAGGGAUGUGACAACAUGAGCAUGAUCUUGGUGCAAUUCAAAAGGCCUGGUCAAGCAGGUCCCUCUGCAGAGCAGCAGCCAACAUCUUCUCGUCAAUCGAUGGAGGUUGACAGAAAUAAUAUGGAAAAGUGAAGACCGAGUCCAGAGAGAAGAGUAGCAGAACAGUGUGCCACAAUUUUAACAAUUAUAACAAUUAGGAUCUAAAUUCUUGUGAUUGUAAAUGAUCAAGUUAUUUUUUUUCAUCAUUUCACCUUUUUUGUUGUGA